UGGACGAACGAGGACCGACGUUCUCGCAUCGACCGGCGAGCUCGGCGGCAUCGCGUCGCAGUGCGGUCGGCUGACUCGACGGCGAGCGACAGCGACACGGCCGACGAUGCUCCUCUCUUGGCCAGCGGCAGCCAAACGGUCCGAAUCGACAUGCCCGCUUCGGAAAAGCCAGCGUCACCUCAUGACCGAUUUCCGAAGGAACGCUCAAAAGCGCUUGCUCUCAUUUAUACUGCUGGCUUUCGCCGCUGUGCUGAACGAGAUUGUGUUGUCAUUCGUUCCAUGAGCGGUGUGCCCGAAACGCCUCCACUGCCCGAUAUAACAUUUUCGUUGAUACCGUACUACAAGGACGGUCUAAAAAUCUGCGAAUAUAUCAGGCUGGCUUCGUUCGCCUCCGUUCUGCUUUUGAUGCUCUUCCAUCGCACCCAGCUUCGAAAAUUUCCUUUUCGACAGUUUUCACCGCGAUUUGUUUCAGAUUCUCCUCGGCGAUGGCGUAUUUUGCACAUAUUCUCCUGGCUGGUCGCCCUCGUUGGUGUCGUAUUUCUGGUGAUCUCACGCGGUCAUUACACUCUUGACGUCAUUCUCUCGUACUUCAUCUGCACUCGAGUUUUCUGGAACUAUCACACAAUGGUGGCGCAUCCCACUAUUCGGGUCACUAUCAACUCAGAAUCAUCACCGCAAGGAUUAUUGGUUACCCCGUUGUUACCGUUGAUGAUAGCACGUGUUGAAGCCGAUACCGCGACGAUUCGACUGUCCGUUGCCGAUGGGUCGAAUGCGAUCUGUGUUCCGACGACGGGUAGCGAACGCACGAAUCGAGUAGUGCAAUGCCAAAAGGCGAGUCGCGCGGAUCGCUGA